AGUAAGCCACAGAGAACAUGGCUGUUCCCGCGUCGCAACGAAGCAGAUUCCAUGAACGCGAGAAUCCGUCUUGUUCUUGCACUGGCACCACAAGAACACGUGCCUGAUCCAGAUGCGUGGCAAGCUUUGUACAACAGCCAGGAAAAUAGCGAAGAUAUUGCUGAUUAUUCUUUAGCAGAUGUCCGUGGUGUUGACAUUCAUGUUCCUGUACAGUCCAGUCAUCCUCAGUGCCCUUAUUAUGAAGAAGAGCGACAACGUGACGCUUACACCAGUGACGUCUUCGAUACGUCUUCUGAUUUUGAUAACGAUAUUAACUCCUCAGCUAACUCCGAAAAAGGUGUACCAGACAAUGGUCAUAAUAAUGAAAUUAUUCAAAAAGAAGCUGCGCCUUUUUCGAGUACAUCUUCUCUUGAAAACGGAGGUAGUGAAGAUCUCCACACUGAGGCGAAGAAAACUAUCGCAGUAAAUUGUUUCUAUUCUGAAGACAUCGUUUCGUCCGCAAACCACUCAGGAGCUGAAGUAUUGGCAAUAGCUGGCAGUCGUAUAGCAAAUAACACGGAACUCCUUUUAGCAAAUCUGUGUCUUCCGCCGUAUAAGAUUCUUCCAGACCAAUGCAGUUGGAUGUCGAGUUGGCUGCGCUGGUGCCCCACGUCGACAGAAAUGCUGCGUGAGGCCGAGAAGCGCAUUCUCUCACACGCGCAUUCUCUCACAAUAUCGCACCUGGUGCUGGCUGACCCGUGGGGUUUCCCUGAGCGGCCGCUGGACGUGGACGAGCUCUACAAGCUGCCGCUGUGGGCCAAGGCUUUAGCCUCCGUCGCCCAGCACUUCAACCCACUGUCUGUGCUACGCUUCACAGGACCUCUCGGUCCCAGUCUACUACAGAAGGCGCGGCCUGACCUCACCCGCAAGUUUGCCGGACUGCUGCCCAACGCUGAGGAAGACAUCCCCAGCUACCUGUACCACUGCAACGCUCAGCAGCCCAGUGGAGAGACGGCGUUCCACAGCCUCAUGUCGGGGUUCGGCUGGGCCAAGCAUCCGAUGGUGCACAGGCUGGACUCGCUGCAGCAGGAGGUGCCCAUCACGCUCAUCUACGGCUCCAGGUCCUGGAUAGACCGCGACCCUGGCUUCCAUAUCAAAUAUUCAAGACCAAACUCUUUUGUCGACGUUCAGGUUCUGCAAGGCGCCGGCCACCACGUUAUCAUAUUUCUUUAG